UUUGUUGCUCAACAAGUGAAACAUUUCAAUUAAAAUGGUUUUACCUGAUAUUCGAUAACUUCUCUUCCCUUCAACGAACAGCUGUUGCUCCAGCUGCUCGUCCGCGGCCGCUCUGGUCACACCGCCAGCAUCCAAACAAUCCGCAGAGCAAACCCAGAAAAUCGGACACAUCACCGAGCCCGAGAUCUUGCUGACGUGCGACCAGAUGCAGAUGCAGAGUCCCGCCUUCGCGUACCGGGAACUCGCAGAACACUCGCCGCGCGCCAUGUACAUGCGCGACUGGCGGUCGGCCCUGCGGACGCCCACCUACCGAAUUGGGAAUCGGACGGUGCGCUUCAAUUACCACUUUGCUCUGCUCAUCGCCUGCGCCCUCGGACUGGUGCUGCUUUUCUACUUUGCGCGCCAGGGCUCGCACUCCUCCUCCGACGGCUACUGGUUGCGCCGGAGCUUUGCAGACGCCCGAAGUCUGGACAACGGGGCGGUGACACAUGUCUACAAUGCCACAUAUCCACUGACACCACCAAUGGUGCUGCGUGGCGGGGUUAUCAACUACCGUAUAGCCAUGAUCGCCGACCUGGACACGAACUCCAAGGUGACCAAGGCCGACGGCAGCACCACGUGGCGAAGUUAUCUAAAGAAGGGGUACCUCACCUACACCGUGGCCAGGGCGGAGAUCCAGAUAAGUUGGGAUGAUGGAGCGCCUACGGUUCUGGAAUCAGCAUUUUCCCUUAAAGGACGCGGCAUGGAACUCUCUGAGUUGGUCACCUUCAAUGGACGCCUCCUGAGUUUCGACGAUCGAACGGGGUUGAUAUACGAAAUAGUAAACGACAAGCCCAUUCCCUGGGUGAUCCUCCUGGACGGCGAUGGGCACAGCGCCAAGGGCUACAAGUCCGAGUGGGCCACAGUUAAGCAGCAAACGCUGUAUGUAGGCUCCAUGGGCAAGGAGUGGACGACGAGUGCGGGCGACUUUGAGAACAAUAAUCCCAUGUACGUAAAGGCCAUUUCGCCUUCUGGCGAAGUACGGUCGCUCAGUUGGGUGGACAACUAUAAGCAGUUACGCCUGCAGUCGCAGCAGAUUUCGUGGCCGGGCUACAUGAUCCACGAGAGUGGAACGUGGUCAGAGGACAAGCAACGGUGGUUCUUCCUGCCUAGACGCUGCUCUAAAGAAAAAUACAACGAAACUAAAGACGAGCACAUGGGCUGCAAUGUCCUGGUCUCCGCUGACGAAAACUUCACCAACAUCGAGACAGUGCGCCUCGAUCCUGAAAAUACAACGCCCACACAUGGCUUCUCCAGCUUUAAGUUCCUGCCUGGCACCGAUGACUCCAUUAUCGUGGCCCUGAAGUCGGAAGAACUGAAUGGCAAGACGGCCACUUUUAUCACAGCCUUCGAUAUUACGGGCAAAACUCUGCUGCCCGAGGUGCGGAUCGAGACAGAUUACAAGUACGAGGGAUUCGAGUUUAUUUAGCUGGCAACUCCGCGCCAUCACACUCCACUUCGAUCCAGGUGCUCCAGUUUUAAGCGUGUACAUAAUGUAUUAAUGUCCCAUACAAUAAGCUUUAUAUUUAUAGUCAGCUAGGUUAGUCCAGAGAUGCUCAUCUGCCUCAUGACCCGUGACUCCCUGUCCUGUCUUGUACCAUAGCACAAAUCAAACUUUAGUUUAUUAAUUUUAUUGAAAUUGAAAUAUAAAACGUACAAAGCCCGCGGCAAACUCAAAA